AUGUCCGACUCAUUGGAUCACCGUGAUCUCGCCUACAUGCGACAGGCCCUCGACCUGGCCCGCAACUCGCCCCCAAGGCCCUCCAACUUUCGCGUCGGCGCCGUCCUCGUCGACGAGGCCACCAACACCGUUCUAUCGGAAGGCUACACCCUCGAGCUGCCGGGCAACACCCACGCCGAGCAGUGCUGCCUGAUGAAGUUGGCCGAGAAGCAUGGCGUUGAGGAAGAAGGCUUGCCUCGCCUAAGCGAGGCGGCACUGCCUCGCCAGCUCGGCCUGUAUACAACAAUGGAGCCCUGCUCGUUCCGCAUGAGCGGCAAUCUGCCGUGUGUCCAGAGGGUGCUGCGGCUGGCUUCCGCGACGCCAGAGACUACGACUCCUCGUCAGAUCACUGUCUACUCGGGUGUCACGGAGCCUGAUACGUUUGUCUCCAAAAACACGGGCCGCCAGACCCUCGAGGGCGCCGGCAUCCGUUUCGUGCACGUGGCCGGCCUCGAGGACGAGAUUCUCACCGUGGCAACAGCUGGCCAUGAGACAAAAUCGGGAAAAAGCGAGGAGAUGAAAUAA